AUGGCAGCCCUGCGGCUCCUGGAGUCUGCGCUCGGGCGCCGGGUCCCUGCCGGCCGCUCGGUGUCCGCGCUGGCGACGGGCGGUGUGUGCGGCUUCGCCAGCAGCGCCCGCGCGCGUGCCAAGUCCUACGCGGACCCCGUGGAGGCCGUGAGAGACAGCCCGGACGGCGCGAGGAUCAUGGUCCGGGGCUUCGGCCUCUGCGCGAUCCCGGAGAACCUGAUAGGGGCGCUGCUCAAGACCCGCGUGAAGGACUUGACCGUGGUCAGCAGCAACGUGGGGGAGGGGAACUUCUGGCUCGGCCUUUUCCUGGGGAUCAAGCAGAUCACCCGCAUCGUCUGCUCAUACUUGGGGGAGAACUCGCUCUGCGAGCACCGGUACCUGGCGGGCGAGCUGGAGCUGGAGAUCACGCCCCAGGGCACCCUGGCGGAGCGCAUGCGCGGGGGCGCCGGCGUGCCCGCCUUCCACACCCUCACGGCCUACGGGACCCUGGCCCAGGAGGGAGGCGCACCCAGCAAGUACUUAGAGGACGGCCACAUCGCCAUCCUGAGUCAGCCCAGGGAGGUGAGGGAGUUCCACGGACAGCACUACCUUCUGGAGCACGACGUCACGGCCGAUUUUGCUUUGGUGAAAGGGUGGAAGGCCGACCGGGCAGGAAACGUCAUCUUCAGGGCCAGCGCCAGGAACUUCAACGUGCCCAUGUGCAAAACUGCAAGAACCUCAGUGGUGGAGAUUGAAGAAAUUGUGGACCUGGGGUCGUUUGCCCCAGAGGACAUCCAUGUUCCUAACAUUUACUUAGAUCGAGGAAUACAGGGGGGAAAAUAUGAGAAAAGAAAUGAG